UGAAAUAAUAUCAUUUCUCUAAUGGAUUAAUACAUCAAGGCUGAAUUUAUAGGUUAUGUUGAUUCUGACUUUUCAGGUUAUGUGUUUGUUGACGGUUAUGAAUCACUCUUAUCAGAUCUAUUUUCCUCUAGUUUGUUAAAAGAUAAAAAACAAUGGACUUUCUUUUCGGUAAAAAGGUAACGCCAAAAGAACAACAACGUGAAAAUGACCGAGCCCUUCGAAAAGUGGGAAGAGACAUUGAAAGGGAUCGUCAGCAGUUGGAAAGGGAGGAAAAGAAAAUAGAAAUGGAAAUAAAAAAACUAGUCAAAGAAGGUAACAAAGAGGGAUACACAAUUCUAGCCAAACAACUAGUUCAGUUGAGGAAGCAGAAAAACAGGACGUUUGCAGCUGGCAGCAAGGUGCAAAAUAUUGGCGUAAAGAACAAAGCAAUGGGAGCAAACAUGAAACUGGCAGAAGCGAUGUCAACUACGGCGAAAACCAUGCAAAACAUGAACGACAUCAUGAAACCUGAAAAAAUGGCAGCUGAUAUGUCCAACUUCUCUAAAGCAGCCAUGAAAAUGGACAUGACUGAGGAAAUGAUCAACGAUACGCUAGAUGACAUUCUAGACGAAGAUGGUCUUGAAGAGGAAAGUGAUCACGUGGUUCAACAAGUCUUGGAUGAAAUCGGAAUAGAAAUUUCUGGAAAGGUCAGCGAAGCUCCUUCCGCCAUCAAAGACAGGAUUGGAGCACCCUCCAAAUCACGAGUUCCCACAGACGAAGAAAUCGAAGCUCAGCUUGCUAAACUGAGAGCCUUAUAGCUCUCUAACACGAAUUU